UUUCCUUUUCUAUCUUAUUCAUCUUUCUCUCUCUAGAAUCAACUGUCUUUAUCUCUCUAUAAUUCUUUCCUUUUCAUUUUCUCUUUCCCUCAGAAAUUUUCCGAGUUGCCAAACACCGAGAGAAUCCUCCAGAACCUUCUCUUUCCCCUGCCUAAGGUUGCGGAUUCCCCGCGCCUUCAUCGAUUCGCGUUUUCUCGCUUGAUUUUCCAGUUUGUUACAGAGAGCGAGAAAGCAGAGAAGAGUGGUUGAACUUUUUGGAUAAUCGAGCUGUAUGAACUGGUUCGGGAAGCUGGAUUUAUCAUCGAAUUUGAAUUUCAAUCACUUCGUUACUUGUUUGUUGAUUUUUUUCCUCCAUUUUUCGCCUCAAUCGCUCUCUUCCAUCUUCAAAUCUGAGAACAAUUACCCCGAACUGUUGUUAACCUAUAGUAACAGUAAUCUCAAUUGUAAUCGAGAUUUUUAUUCGCAAUAUGGAGUCAAGAAAUAAGAGUAGUAAUCCCCAAUUAACCAGAGGUCUUUGCUAUGGAAACGUUAAGAGGCAGCAGGAGAGGUCACCAUCUGUUAUUGUCAUCGGUGGUGGCAUGGCUGGGAUUGCUGCUGCUCGUGCACUUCAUGAUGCUUCAUUCCAGGUUGUUCUCUUAGAGUCAAGGGAAAGAGUUGGUGGCCGAAUUCACACUGACUACUCAUUUGGCUUUCCUGUUGACCUGGGAGCAUCGUGGUUGCAUGGAGUUUCCAAGGAGAAUCCACUGGCUUCAUUGAUUGGGAGGCUGGGGCUACCCCUCUACCGUACUAGCGGGGAUAACUCUGUGCUCUAUGACCAUGAUUUGGAAAGCUAUGGACUUUUUGAUAUGGAUGGGAAUCAAGUUCCCCAAGAGUUGGUAACAAAAGUUGGUGAAGUAUUUGAGACAAUUUUACAGGAGACAGAUAAAGUAAGACAGGAAAUUAGUGAAGACAUAUCUAUACAUCACGCCCUUUCAAUUGUUUUUGAAAGGAAGCCAGAAUUGAGGUUGGAGGGGCUUGGCCAUAAGGUGCUACAGUGGUACUUAUGCAGAAUGGAGGGCUGGUUUGCGGCAGAUUCUGAUACAAUUUCACUGAAAUGGUGGGACCAGGAAGUACUGCUCCCUGGUGGUCAUGGUCUUAUGGUCAGGGGCUAUUUGCCUGUUAUACAUACCCUAGCCAAGGGUCUCGAUAUUCGCCUGGGGCACAGGGUCACAAAAAUAAUUAGGCGAUAUAAUGGAGUAAAGGUGACUGUGGAGAAUGGGAAAACAUUUGUUGCUGAUGCUGCUAUUAUUGCUGUCCCUCUUGGGGUACUUAAAGCAAAGAGCAUAUCAUUUGAGCCAAAGCUCCCAGACUGGAAGGAAGCUGCCAUUGCUGAUCUUGGGGUUGGACUUGAGAAUAAAAUAAUUUUACACUUCGAAAAUAUAUUUUGGCCUAAUGUAGAGUUCUUGGGAGUAGUUGCAGAGACAUCUUAUGGAUGUAGUUACUUCCUUAAUCUCCACAAGGCUGCAGGUCAUCCUGUCCUUGUUUAUAUGCCUUCUGGGCGGCUUGCCAAAGACAUUGAGAAAAUGUCCGAUGAAGCAGCUGCUAACUUUGCUUUCAUGCAGCUCAAGAAGAUCCUUCCUGAUGCUACUUCACCGAUUCAGUAUCUUGUGUCUCGGUGGGGCUCAGAUAUAAAUUCACUAGGUUCUUAUAGCUAUAAUGCAGUAGGGAAACCCCACGAACUUUAUGAGAGGCUACGGGUUCCGGUAGAUAACUUGUUCUUUGCAGGGGAAGCAACAAGUAUGAGCUAUCCAGGGUCUGUCCAUGGUGCAUUCUCCACCGGAAUGAUGGCUGCUGAAGAUUGCAGGAUGCGUGUGCUUGAACGAUACGGAGAGCUUGAUCUAUUACAGCCAGUGAUGGGAGAGGAGGCUUCUUUGUCUAUCCCGCUUCAGAUUUCUCGUAUGUAAAUCGUCGAGUCACACAUCCUAAUGGAUAGAAGAUAGAUUCCCAUGCUUAUUUAUUAGGAUUUUGGUGACACUUCUGUUCCGUUGACCAACAGUCCAAGUACAUGUAUAUUAUGCAGUUGCCUUUUGUGUUGCAUGUCCGUGUUUAAUGUUGUGAAGAACUGGUAAUGUUAAUAUUGGUACAUGGGAGGCGUUGGGACUUCUAGAGGAGUUGCAUCAUUAGUUUGAAGAUGCUUCUGUAUUCAUGCUGUUAUAAUUGCGUUAUAAAUAUGGGGAUAAUUUGGUGUUUUCUGUUCCGUCUUAUAAACUUCAUUUU